AAACCAUUAAUUUUCAUUUGAAAGAGAAGAAUCACAAGUUCAAAGUCAAGGGUGUAUGAGUGUGAGACAAAGAAACUGGCCUUCAUUGAAGUUUUUGUUCCUCAAUAAUGCGUGUAUAUAAGGACACAGUUUAAGUCCUUUGGAACUAACACAAAACAUGGGAAGGCCACGCAUUCGGUUGUGUUUUGGUCGCGCCACGCCUCGUGUUCGAGCCUUUUCUGCAUCUUCUUUUCGAUCCAAGUCCCCUUCCUCCUCCUCUGCCUCAAUCAAAUGUGAAAACAGGACUGAGUUUUCAAGCAACGGAGGCCACGAAGCUGGCAGAGACAACAGGGGUGAAACGGGAAAUAAGAUACUGGUGGUUGUUGAUUCUAGCUUUGAAGCUAAAGGGGCUCUUGAAUGGGCACUCUCUCACACUGUUCAGACCCAGGACACUGUUGUUCUUGUUCAUGUAGCCAGACCCACAAGGGAAGGAACUGAAUCUGGUUCGAAGUUUAAUGUGAAGACUUAUCAACUUCUCCUUGACAUGAAAAGCAUGUGCGAGAUGAAGAAACCCGGGGUGGUAGUGAAUGUGGUGAUGCUUGAAGGAGAGGAAAAGGGUGUUGCAAUAGUGCAAGAGGCAAAGAAACAGAGGGUGUCAUUAUUGGUAGUGGGACAAAGAAAACAAUCCAUCUUGGGGUGCAUCAUGCGGAGGUGGGUACGAAGAAGGGGAACAAGACCUGGGAUUGUUGAGUAUUGUAUACAGAACUCCCCUUGCAUGACCAUUGCGGUGAGGAGGAAGAAUAAGAAACAUGGAGGCUACUUGAUUACCACCAAACGCCAUAAAAACUUUUGGCUUUUGGCUUAAUAUGAAAUGAAAUGGGAUAAGGACCAUAAAGUAUUAAGGUUGUUGAAAUUGGUUACUAAAAAUUCAAUGUACUUGUGCAUUUUGGAAAUGGUCAUUUUUAAGUUGCAAGUCAUUGUGCAGCUACAACACUGUACUAUGGGAAGUGACUAAGACAUUGUACAAUGGGAAAAUGCAGUUUAAUUACAAUUUACAAGGUACUGCUAGUGUCGUA